CACGCCCCUGCCGCUGUGGCGCGCACCGACGCUCUUCCACGUCUCCGCUCCCGCGGGCCCAAUGGUCGGAGAAGGCUGCGUGUACGAGCAAGGCCGGGAAAAAACAUGGCGGCGCCCGUCUUAAGAGUGUCCACCCCUCGAUGGGAAAGAAUAGCCAGGUUCCUCGUUUGCCUCUUAGGAAUACUGCUGUCCGUGUACGCGUUUCACGUGGAAAGGGAGAAAUCUCGGGAUGCCAACUACCAGGCCAUGUGUGACUUGAGCAACUCUAUAAGCUGCUCCAAAGUGUUCGGCUCAAGAUGGGGUCGAGGAUUCGGUUUGUUUGGGUCCAUCUUCGGUAACAACAGUGCAAUAAAUCAGCCAAACAGUGUCUACGGACUGUUGUUUUACGUCUUUCAGCUGUUAUUAGGCUUGACCGUGAGCGCGAUGGCCGCCCUGAUUCUCAUGACCACGUCCAUCGUCUCAGUGAUAGGCUCGAUGUACCUGGCCUACAUCCUCUACUUUGUCCUGAAAGACUUCUGCAUCAUCUGCAUUACCACAUAUGCACUGAACUUCAUUCUACUCGUGCUCAAUUACAAGAGGCUGGUCUACUUGAACGAGGCCUGGAAGCAACAACUAAAGCGGGACUAAAAGGAAGGAAAAAAACAGAAAUACAAGGAUAAAAAGGAAAAAAAAUGAAAGAAAAGAGAAACGUGACCUCCGAACAUUUGACUUGCCAUCGGGAGACCUUGCUUUCAAACCAGUGUCUAUUCUGAGUUAAAAAAAAAAAAAGAAAAGAAAAAGAAAAUACCCAAUCUGAAGAGAAUUAAAAUCCUAGGGCCACAGAUCACAAGUUCAUUCGUGUUGACAGAGGAAGGAUUUAAUCAGGAAAAAUAAUUGGGGGCUGUUCAGGGGUGGUGUUAUUUUGUUCUUUUUCUUUUUUUUCUUCGUCUUUUCUUUUUUUUUUUCUUUUUCCGGUUAUCGCUCACGAGGGUUGGGUCUAGUAUUAGCGGCGUCAAAGAAAUCUCACAAAAGCACUUGCAGAGAAACAGCUCCGAGUCCGGACAGAGGAAGUGAAGCGAAGAACAAAGCGAACAGGACGAGUGUAGAAAAGGAACAAGCCUGUCGCAUGGUGCUUACUUGAAUCCAGAGGAGAAAUCUCAUUCCUUUGUAGAACGGUACAUCAACUGAAUUAUGACCUUUUUAAAUUAAUAAAAGUGCACGAUCAUGAGGUUUAUGUACAGUUCACAGAGGUAAUUCCAUUAAAAGACCUAAAAAGGAUAGUAAUUGUUAAACAAAUAAAUUGCAAUUUUAUGUUUACAGUAUUUCUCUCUCUCUCUCUCUCUCUCUCUCUCCUUUUUUUCUUUUCUUCCUCUUCAUUCUUUCUUUGAGUAAGACCACUAAUUUUAAACUAUGAGAGAAUUGUGAGAUGGUGUCUUUGGGAGAUCAAAAUCAUUAUAUCAUCUACAAUUUUGUUUUAUCUUGCAGGUCUCUAGGUAGAUAACGUGUUAAAAUUUACUUGGACGGUUUUUGUUUUAUUGUUUAAACAAAAAAAAAAAAAAACCCCCAUACAACAACAAAGUAAAGCAACCUUACGUCUGACAAGUAAAAACAAAACAUGUUUGACUUGAGACGGUUCCACCUUACAGUUGUGUUGUAGAUCUGCACCGAGCUCUCACAUUCCAGUUUUUUACUCAUCGUAGCGAUUUAAUAGGCAUCUGUUUAGUUUGUUGAGUUUAGUCAUCGUUUGUUUAAAUUAAACGUAAGAAAGGGGUAAGCUCUAUCCUAGUCCUAGUUCAGGCAUUGUGUGUGUUUAGGAGGGGACUCGGAGAUCAAGGUGGUGAAAAGACUAAGUGGUGAAGGCGUCUGCAGCGCGGCGCGUUCUUCUCUCCUCGACCCUGCUGAGACAGCUCUUCAGACAAGCUCCCUUUUCUGUACUCUGUUGUAAAUACUCUUGUAUGUCAGCAUUCCUGUACACACAGUAACAUUCACUAGAGAAUAAUGUGCCUAAAAUUUCCUUUUUUUUUUUUUUUUGUCCUUGACUUGAAAUGUGUUGUACUUUAAAAGUAUUUCAUUGUG